AUGCAAAAGAUCAUUGCCAUUUUGGUCAUUGCCGCUUGCGCCCUAUUAGUUUUCGUGGCGGCACAAAAGUGCCAGGAAUGUCAGAGCGGUAAUUCUGCCUACUGUCAUGACCAGACCUCCUAUCGAAAUUGCAUGCAAAACAAUCCCAUUGGCGACAUUGUGACGUGUGACAGCGGUUACGUUUGCAGCAACACCGAGGAUGUCUGCGUGAUGAGCUAUUUUGUGGAUGGAUCUAGUGUGCUGGACGUAUGUGGGCCAUCUGGUGGAAACGGUGAGGACUGUGCGGUCUGCAGCGGCAGCAACAAAUACAGCUGCGUCAGUGAGACUCAGUUUGCACGAUGUGUGGAUCAGCAGGUAUCCACCGCCAAUGUCUACAGCUGUGGCACCGAUGAGAUUUGUGUGAUUGAGGCCCUCGCCACCCACGGCACCCUUUGUGUGCCCACCUGUGCCGCUACCUUCUUGAACGAGGCGGCUACGUGCAGCAACAGAGAGUACGUGGCACCCCCAGACCCAACGGUACCCACUGUGGAAGAACAAGUGAAGGCUUGCGAAGAGGCAGGUGCCAAUUCGAACUAUCUUUACUUCUUUACGAGAUACAUUAAAGAUAUGACAUGCAAUAGCUAUCUCUACUGCGAGAAGGUCAGUACCGUCACGUGGAUAGCCAUCCUAUAUAGCUGCAAUGGGGACAAACCAUUCUUCGAUUCGGCCUCCACGACAUGUGUAGCCAUUCGACCGGCGGACUGCGCAGCAACAACUACGAGUAGUCCACAGGAACAGACAACUUCUUCAUCUGCUGGGCCAACAGAAAUUCCAUCUACGACAGCACCUACAACGACUAGUCCGCUGGAAUCAACAGAGUCUUCCACGAGCUCUAACUCCGAAGCUUCCUCUGAAACUCCAUCUACGACAGCACCUACAACGACUAGUCCACUGGAACCAAAAGAGUAAGAAAUUAUGUUUAAUACAUUAAUGAAUUGGUUUUAAAUAUGGAAAUGGCUCUGGGAAUUUUUCAAAACAAUGACACAUUUUACUACAGUUAAUUAAAAGAAUCACAAUUACUUAUAAUAAAUUAUGAAUCAAAAAUUUACAUAAAAUUCACAUCAAUUUAG